AUGAGUUUAUAUAUUCUUAUACUUUUUACAACAGCUGUUGUUAUUAACGGACAAUUAAAUUGUUCAACAUAUAAUCCAUGUGGUCGUAAUGGAUAUUGUUUUGAUAUUGAUAAUGGUGAAUGGAGUUGUGAAUGUAAAUUUUGGUGGUCAGGUUCAACGUGUAAGGAUCUAACAAAUAGCGGAGUACAAGUUAUUGUACUUGGUUGUUUAUUAGGAUUACUUGUUAUACUUUUCUAUGGUUUGCAAAUUUUUCAUAAAAUUCGACUUAAAAAAAAACAACCAAAAGAAGUUAAAGAAAAAGCAAUUGUAUAUGAUACAACAUUAAUUGAUUUGGCAUUUAAAAAUGCUAGACGAUCGGCUCGUUUAUCAUCAUGCAUAGUCGGUGUUUUAACGAUGAUCUUAGCGGCGAUUGGACUUAUUUCAAAAUGGUCAUUAAUUCAACCAAUACACAAUGAAAUUGUGAAUAAAUAUGAAACAAAUCAAUCACUUUACUAUGUGGAAAAUUCGUUCUGUGAUAAAACGGAUUAUGAUUAUUUUAAUGUUGUUACAUUUCCUAUUUCAUGUUUUUUAAUUCUUUUAUUUAUAAUAACUACAAAAAGAACAUCACUCUUCCGUGAUAAACUUUGGGGAUAUGGAGCACCACCAAUGCCUGUUGAUUUUAUCUCACAUAUUGAUCGUACAUUUGCUGCUGUUAUUUUUGCUAUAUGUGCAGAUGAAUUAUUAAAUAUAAUACAACAAGUACUUGAUGGAAAUUCAAAAGGAGGUGAUGGUGUUAUUGUUGUUUAUCUUUUACGUUUACUUCAAGUUCUUGUUAUGGGUUUUCGUUACUAUCCAUUUCUAGCAGCUGUUUAUAUGAAUACAAUUUUUAGUUUAUCAUGUGCAACUUUAUAUGCUUGGUUUGAUUUUUCAAUGACAAUAGUUAAUCAAGGUAUGUGUCAAGUUGAUUUUUAUCCAACAUAUGAUGAUUAUUUGGAUAAUUCAAGUGAUAUUGAUAUGAUGUUUAGCUAUUAUGGUACUGGUCCUAAUUUAGUUGUUAUACAAUUAUGUACUGAUAUACCAAGAUAUUUAUGUUUAGCUUAUAUAAAUAUUAAAAUACCUAUGUUAUUAUUUAAAAGACUUUAUCAAAGAUUUAAUAGACGAAAUCUGUCACCAGAACAGAGAAUGUUAUUACAAUUAACUCGAGAACAAAAAGCAUUCUUUCAUACAAUUCGUCCGGAUUCAGUGGAAAUGCUUUAUGUUCAAAAUCUUUUUCGUUCAGCAGAUCAUCGUCCACGUAGUCAUACGUUAUGGGGGCGUUUAAUACCAAAAAAAAUUUAUGAAUGGAGAGAUGAUUUUCGAUUUUCAGCACGUAUUGUUUGUGUUUAUUCAUCAAUGCUUCUUCUCUUAUAUUUUGUUAUUAUUCAAGCAUGUAUUAGAGUACUACCAUACUUACAACCAUUAGAAGAUACUAUUCAAACAGCAGUUGAUGCAUUAUCAGUUGUAUUCAUUCCAGAUCCUCAAGAUAAUGGACAAAACAAUGGUGAUCCUACUAGCUCAUUAAAUUUUCCAAUUCCAAAAUUAGUUAGACCCUAUUUAUUUGCUGUAUUUAUAACAUUAAUUGUUAUAGUAUUACAAUUAUUGGUAUUACUUGCAAAUAUGCGACGAAAUUUAUUACAAUUAUUUCGCGGUGAAGAUUGUGAAAUACCAAGACGACAAAGAUCAAGAUAUGUUUCAUAUGCAUCAGGAAAUAUUCAUUUUGCUGGAUAUUUUAUUGGUUAUUUAAUAUGGGGUUUUAUUCUUAUAGCAGCAUUUUCAGUAGUUAUAUGCGUUGCUAUUGAUGCAUUUAUUACAUUUGGAAAUGUUCGAUUUGUCGAGAAAAUUUUGCUAAAAGUUAUACCAAGUGUUUUAUUCGUAUUAUUUAAACAAUAUCUUAAUAAAAUACUUGCACAAUAUGUAUUUUUACAACAUCGUGGAGAAGUUCUUGCAUUAAAUAAUCGACGUAUAUUAAUGAUAUUUAUUUUCUUUAAUUUCUUCUUAGAUGCUUUUCUUGGUUUUAUUUCAUCCAUAGUACGUUUAAUUAAAAGUGUUAUCGGUGGAAUUAUUUAUAUGUGUCGAUUAGAUUAUUCUCCAUUAGGUCGUAAAUUAGAAACAAUGGAUGGUGGUUUUAGUUCUUACUGUGGGUUUUUACAUACAGAAUGUACUCAUCGACAUCCAGUUAUGUUAGUAUUUGUUUCAUUACUUUAUACACAAACUAAAAUAAAAGAAUUGGCAAUGUAUGAUAGAAAUUAUAUUGAUAAUUUCAAAGGACAUGUAUUUGAAUUAAAAUUGCAAUCUUCAUCAAGAUAUGUUCGUAAAUGGAAAUUAGCUGUUUUUCUUAUUCGAAAUCCAACGAUUGUUUUUUUUCGAAAAUCAUUUCUUAGCCAAUUAAAUAUGGAAGAUCUUCAUGCUUUGAAUGAUCUUGAUAAUGAUGAUAAAAAGAAUUUGCAACGACGAUUAUCAAUUUAUACACGUCGAAUGUCUGCUGCUCGUGCAAGCAUUAGUUCCGAAACUAAUAUACACACUAUUGAAAAACAAAGAUUUUGA